AUGGCUACAAUUACUAGGAAGAGAAGAGGAGAUGCUUCUUUAGAGCUCUCUACGAAAAGAUUACGAAUUGAUGCCUCUAGCUCUCUACCAGAUCUUCCUGAUGAUGACAAUGAUAAUGAUUACCACCAAGAAGAAGAUGAAGUCUCGGAAGACGAUACUAUGGAAGCUGCAGAAACACCAAACACUCCAUUUUCUCCUGUGCCUGGAAAAAAAUUUCCAUCCGAGUAUAAAACGAUAAAAUGUACUUAUGAAGGAUGUACAAAAACAUUUAAUCGACCUGCAAGAUUAGCAGCACAUCUUCGAUCGCAUGCGAAUGAACGACCAUUUAUAUGCUCGUAUGAAGGGUGUGAGAAGGCAUAUAUUGAGGAGAAACAUUUGAAGCAACAUAUCAAGGGAUCUCAUACUCACGAGCGAGAAUAUAUAUGUGAUUGGGAAGGAUGUACAAAAAGUUUCUUAACAGCUACGAGGUUGAGACGGCAUAAAGAUGCUCAUGAAGGUCAUGAGAGAUUUAGAUGCACAUCUUAUCCUCCCUGCAAUCAAACAUUUCGAAAACAUCAAACGCUUCAACGACAUAUCCGCUCCGAUCAUCUCGAUCUGGCUCCAUUUCCAUGUACAUAUAUUGAUCCAAUCACAAAUGAACUUUGUAAAGCAGGAUUCGAUGCUUCAGGUGGACUCAAAAAGCAUAUGGAAAGAACUCAUGGGGCAGCAACAUUUCUAUGCGAAGAAUGUACAGUACCAGGAAAAUUUCACGAAGAUGGUACGCCUGUACCUUUAGCUUUCACAACCAAUGCCAAGUUACAAGCACAUAUCAAGAAAGAACAUGCAAAUUGUAUGUUCUGUGAUAGAAAAUGUUCUAGUCAACAAUUACUUCAAAAGCAUAUUGAUACUCAACACUCCGGGAGUACACUCGAAGAACGCAAGAAUAUUCCUUGUGAUUAUCCUGGUUGUCCGAAAACUUUUACAAAGAGAGCAAAUCUACAAGUUCAUAUGCGUACUGUUCAUGAUGGUCAACGUUUUAUUUGUGGAACAUAUGAUGUUUCCCAAAUUCUCGACCUCGCAUCCUGGGAUGGAAGUGAUUCAUGCGGCAAAGAUUUUGUCUCAAAAGUUAAUCUCGAAGAUCAUGUUCGGACUCUUCACCUUGGUUUACCCAGUCUUUUAAAUUCAAAGGGUAGACGGAAGACUGCUUCACAACCAAAACGUUCUACGAGAAAGGUUCCAGAGCAAACUGAAAUUGAAGAAUUGGCAGGUUAUGAUGUUAGGAGAACAAUUGAUUGUGUGGUUCAAGGAUGUCCUCAUAAGUUUAUGAGGAAUUAUGAUUUUCAUGAACAUAUGAGAAUUAACCAUCAGAAUGUGGGUUUUAUGGAUGGACAAAUUAAUAUGAAUGUGAAUUUGGAUAUGGAUAUGAGGAUUCUAGGCGAAUUUUCAUACACCAAUACCGGAGGAGAAUUACCAAGUCUAGAUUUCAUGAAUGAUGGCACGAAUAUGGGUAUGGAUAGUCUGGAUAUGAGUAUGGAUAUGAUUGAUCCCGCCUUACAAAUAACAAACUUUAACCUUGAUACACCAGUAUCAGGAUCAGGAUCAGCUUCAGCCUCAGUACCACCAUCAAUCAAUGGAUGGGAUCAUACAGAAACAGGAGCAGAGGUGGCAGCAGAUAUGGAUCUAGAUUGGGAACUUCAACGACAAGCUUUGGAGGGAGGACAAUUCUGGAUUGGUGGUGAAGAACAACAAAUUCCUGAGGGAAUAGAAGAGUGGUCGAGAGAAGAGGCGGAGAUGAGAAGGUUAAUUGAUGGGACUUGA